UAGGUUCCCUGUGCCGAUUAAUAAAUCCAUCGACGUUUUCAGCGUUUUCCCCUCACUUUAAGCUCUAAAAUUCUAAAUAACUCGAGAGAGACGAAUCGCUCUCAUCUUCUUCUAGAACGUUCUUCGUAGACGCAUCGUCGCCUUCAGGUCGCCUUCACUCGUGUCAAUGGAGUUCUGGGGUGUUGAGGUUAAAAGUGGCGUUCCACUUUCGGUGGUUCCUGGGGAGGAAAUGCUUGUGCACAUCUCACUGGCUGCUCUGGGCGAGAAGAAGAACAAUGGAAACGAGCCAGUCCGCCUUUACCUGAAAUAUGGAGAUCAGAAGCUUGUCAUUGGGACGCUGUCGCAUGACAAGUUUCCUCAUUUGCGCACGGAGAUUGUGUUGGAAACGCGUUUCGAGCUGUCUCAUGACUGGAAGAAUGGGAGCGUUUUCUUCUCCGGCUACAAAUCCUGUCUCACUGACUCUGAGGAUGAUGAUAUGACUGACGGCGAUGAGCAAGUCGUUGCUAGUGUUUCAAUUGCUUUUGUGUUUAGUGUCCUCCUAUUGAAAGUAUCGGUGCUGCCUUUGUUGUUCGGGAAGUUAGAUAUGAUGCCUCCAGAAAAGAAGGUUACUGCUGAAGUUGAGAGUGACGAAGAUGACUCAUCAGACAGUGAUGAAGAAGACUCAUCAGACGAUGGCACCCCAGAGAAGGCUGAAGAAUCCAAGAAGAGGUCUGCAGAAGCCAACACCUCGAAGAAGACUGCUUCCAACAAGAAGGCUAAGUUCGUGACUCCACAGAAAACAGAGACCAAGACACCGCAUGUCCACAUUGCAACUCCGCAUCCAUCAAAACAGGCAGGGAAGAACUCGGGGAGCAACGGAGAGGCGUCGAAGCAGCAGCAGCAGACACCAAAGUCUGCAGGUGCGUUUGGGUGCAAGUCGUGCAACAGGACUUUUACUUCGGAGAUGGGAUUGCAGUCUCACACGAAGGCCAAACACAGCGCGGCUGCUUGAAACCAGAUGAAGAAGAAGAAACAAGAGAACCCUCCGUUAUCCGAUUUAGACUUUUCCAAACUAUGGUUAUGCGAGUGAUCCAGUUUUAGUUGUCUUUUUUUUUCAGGCGUUUCGUCCUUGUUUUCUUAACCGUCGUCAUGGGUAGAUGAAACUUUUGCUAAAACCUUUUGUGUUUAGUUCUAUCAAAGAAAUAUCAAUGUCAUCUCAAGUCUUCUGGAGGCUGUUCUAGUGAAAAACCCAUGCAUUUGUAGUUCUUCGGCCAAAACACGCAUCGGAGAUUCAAGAUGGCACACCG